CGGGGUGUAAGGCGGAAGUGUUGGGGAUGCGGUGUUGGUCGGCGGUGGUCGGGCUCUUGGUCCUCCGGUUGGGUCUGCAGGCUCUCCGGGGUUUCCUGUCCCCGGGGUUGGGGGGAGUGGAGGGAGCCCGGAGGUCGGUGUGCCGCUCCUCGUACGGUCGCUUCCACCUGGCGGCGGAUAACGAUGAAUACAGCCGGAGAUACGGCUCCUUCCCCUCCCCCCUCCGCCGCCUGAUGAGGGAGAGAGCGCGCCGCAUGUUCAGCUUCUCCUACGACGGAUAUAUGAGGUUCGCCUUCCCCGAGGACGAGCUCAACCCGAUCCUCUGCCGGGGGAGGGGCCCCGACACCGGAAACCCGUCGAACCUCAACAUCAACGAUGUGCUGGGGAAUUAUUCGCUCACCCUGAUCGACUCCUUGGACACGUUGGCGGUGAUGGGGAAUGUCACGGAGUUCCAGAAAGCCGUCCGGCUGGUGAUCGAUACCGUGUCCUUCGAUAAAGAUUCCACGGUGCAAGUGUUUGAGGCGACGAUCCGAAUUAUGGGAAGUCUUCUCUCCGCACACAUCAUCCUGACUGACAGCAAACAGCCGUUCGGUAACAUGACGGUGAGCGGAUAUGAUAAUGAGCUCCUCCACAUGGCCCACGACCUCGCCGUCCGCCUCCUGCCUGCCUUCGAGAACACCAAAACCGGCAUGCCUCAUCCAAGGGUGAAUCUGCAGAAAGGGGUCCCACCCGGCAGCCGGAAUGAGACCUGCACUGCCGGGGCCGGGUCACUCCUGGUGGAGUUCGGGAUCCUGAGUCGGCUUUUGGGGGACUCCACGUUUGAAUGGGUGGCUCGCCGAGCUGUGCAAUCCCUCUGGAGCCUGCGCAGCAAUCAUACCGGCCUACUAGGCAACGUGGUGGACAUCCAGACCGGGGAAUGGGUUGGAAAGCUGAGCGGCCUCGGCGCUGGUCUGGACUCCUUUUUCGAGUAUCUGCUGAAGUCCUACAUCCUGUUUGGAGAAGAGGACGAUCUGCGAAUGUUUAACGAGGCGUAUAAAAGUAUCCAGAGCCACCUACGGAGAGGGCGAGAAGCGUGCAAUGAAGGAGAGGGGGACCCGCCGCUCUAUGUCAACGUAAACAUGUUUAAUGGGCAGAUCAUGAACACCUGGAUCGACUCUCUGCAGGCGUUCUUCCCCGGGCUGCAGGUUCUGAAAGGAGACAUAGAGGACGCCAUCUGUCUCCACGCCUUUUACUACGCCAUCUGGAAGAGGUUCGGCGCUCUGCCUGAGAGAUAUAACUGGCAGCUGCAAACUCCCGACGUCUCCUUCUACCCUCUGAGGCCAGAGCUGGUAGAAUCCACCUACCUCUUGUAUCAGGCCACUAAGAAUCCUUUCUACCUCCAUGUGGGGAUGGACAUUCUCCUGAGUCUGGAGAAACACGCCAAAGCCCAAUGUGGCUACGCCACCCUGCACCAUGUGGUGGACAAGUCGCAGGAGGAUCGCAUGGAAAGCUUCUUCCUGAGUGAGACCUGCAAGUAUCUCUUCCUGCUCUUCGAUGAAGACAAUCCGGUGCACAGGACGGGUAAUAACUAUCUGUUCACCACCGAGGGGCAUCUUCUCCCCCUGGAUCCUCGCUUUAGGAACAAAGCAUGGAAAGACAUCUUCACCCCGGAGAACAAAGAAAAACCCCCCCGAGCCCAGAAACUGUCCCAGACCAAAGUGCGAGCCGCCAACGCCAGCACCAAUUGUUACAGAGUCCCGGAAGAACGGCGGUACUCCCUCCCUCUGAAGAGCGUCUACAUGCGUCAGAUCGAUCAGAUGGUGGGGGUCCUAUAGCGCCUGUGCUGAGUGCCUCGGGGUCCCGGGGGCCCCUCAGACCUGGAAAAGCUCCCGGUUACCGGCGCUCAGCGCCCGGGGCGGAGGAACCUCGCCUUGUCCGGGAUCCAAAUCUCAGGGACUGACUGCAACUUGCACACCCGUUCUUGUCUUCCAAAGCUGCUUCUACCCUCCCCCGAUCUUCAGAGACGUCCCCAGGAACCGCACAGGACCGCUCUCUUCCCUUCCCUCCCCCCCCAUCCCCUGCCGCCAUUUUGUGUUAUUUUUCGCUUUCCAUGUGAGUGUUCGAUCGUCUGGAGCCAAGUUACAGAUUGCCAAAAUGACUCGAGCCAAACGCCUUCAGGAUUUCUGUCUGCGGUCAUGUGAUGUGGUCAUGUGAUGCGGUCAUGUGACCUCUUACCUUUCUCAGUGCCUUAGGAGAACUCCUCCUCCUCCCAUCAUAUCGCCCCCUCCUGGCCGCCUCGUGCCUUCACUCCUCCAUCUACGUCUCUUCCUUCAUCAUUGCACAGCGGGGCCAACUUUUAAUCUUUUGUUUUUUUUAAAAGAACAGGAAAUACAUUUUAUUUUUAUUUAAAGACAUAAAUAUAUUAAAUGGUUUACUUUUUC